GCGCAAAACUUCUUAUGAUUGGUUGUAUGCACGACGGGAACGACGCGGCGUGUCCUACAUGCGGCACCUACUUACAUCCUCAUAAAUCAGUAGAAUCGGACUCACCGUCCGACGACGAAUCUACCACAAUGGAUGACAGUAACACUUCGUUUCCCGGCCCAUCCGGGCGCCCCUACACCACGACGACCACGCCUGCACAAUACACGACCGAUCGGCCACCGUCCGCCAGCCAGGGCGGCAGCAUUGUGGAGGAGAAUGCGGUCCUGCUCGAGGAAAAUCGGAAGCUUACGCGCAGUCUGCUGGAACUGCAAGUGGAAACGGAACGGUUAAAGCAGCAGCAGAAUCUCCUGUCCGGGUUGGGCCGUCGUCGGGACAGCCUGAGCGGACUGAGCUCCACCAGCCAACCGAUGGGCAGCAUGGGACAAAACAGUCCCGCACCAUCGUACCGGUCGACGGGUAACUACACCUCCGGCAUUGUAGCGGACGUGGUGCGCGAGAUACGUGAUAUUUGUCGCGUGCGCGAAGAUGCAACGUUCGAGCGGUUGCGCAACCUGCAGGAAAAUCACAUGUGGUCGAUCAACGAUACGCUCCAGCGGUUGGCAAAGGAUGUGGACACGAUGCAGAAAACGGUCAGUGCGGCACGGAUGGACGUGGAAAAGCUUACCAGCCGUGUGCUGCAGCUGGAAAGCAUCGUGUUACCGCAGGCGGCCGUUUGUCUUGCCGGCGCGCAACACAACCACACGAUGCCACUCUCGCCGAUGCCAUUGUUCGGUGGGAAUGUACAGCAGGCACUGUUACUUCAGCAGCUACAGCACCAACAGUCGAACGCAACCCAGCAGCAGCAGCAGCAGCAGCAGCAACAGCCACAACAUUCCCCACAAACGACCGCCCCUUCUCAGCAGCAGUUUCAUUCGUUCGGCGGUGGGAACGAACGAUCACCACCGACCAGCGGCGGAUGUGCCACCAGCAACAACACAAACAACGGUGUCAAGCCGGGCAGCAAUCUACCGUCGAUGUUGCGGCUGAAUUACGGGCGUGUCGGAACGACCGAGGAAAUGUUCGGCGGUGAUGUGGUAACGGUCGAGCUGGGUAAUGGCAAUACGAGCGCGUCAAGUACGACCGCAUCGGUGCAUGAGGCUUCCUCCCGCGUACUGAUGCUGGAGAAGGGCGAGGUGGAGCUGAGGCGUGAUCUGCAGGAUGCGAUAGCGGCCAAGAACGAACAAUCGAAAAAGAUUGCCUAUUUACAAAAGGUGGUAAUGGCGUUGCAGAAGAAGGUUGACUCGCAGUCGACGGAUGCACCGAAUACGAGUGGCGGUAGCAGCAACAAUAUUAGCGGCAUUGGCGUGAUCGGCCCGGUGACCGAUCUGUAAAUACUGUGCCAUACA